GCGGCCUUCUCCCGCCUCCCGCUUCGUGCCUCCGUCACGUGCCUGUGAGUCGGAGCCCGCGACAGCGGUCCUGUGUGAGACCUAGCUCGACACUUGUUGAUGUGCUUGUGCGAGCUGAUUUCAGUGGUUCCCCGGGAUCCCAAGGGAAUCCAAGUGCUUCACAGCGGGGAGGAUGCCUGGUCUAGCUUUACCUAACCAUCACGCAGUGAACAAUGGAUGCGCUUUCAGUUACCCCAGGUCUGCAGACCAGAUGUGCGGUCAGCAGUCAAGAGCUCAGUUAUCUCCAGAUGAGGAACUCACCCUUGAGGAAUGUUUGGCAUUAUACCGCAAACCAGUUGAGCUGUACAAUAUUAUUCAACUAAGAGCCAUUAAAAAUCCCCCUUCGCUUCAAAGAUGUCUUUCUUAUAAGAUAGACGCAAAACGGAAAAGGAGGAUACAGAUAUCGGUAUCAAUUUCUGGAAGCACGAAUACUGAGUUGCCAGCACAUGGUAUUUUUCCUCUCUAUGUUCUGUUUGCUAGAGCUACUAGUAAUGAUCCGCUUGAUGGGAAUUCUCCAGUGUAUCGAUUCAGCCGGGCUUGUCUCCUGACUUCCUUUAGUGAAUCUGGAGACAGUGACCACAGUAAAGCUACAUUCAGCAUCCCCGAUUUGAAGAGUUUAGCAACCUCGCAAGUUUCAAACCAUAACAUUAUCCUUAUUAGUUGUGGCCAACUUGGACAACAUCUUAGUGAAAACUUCUCAGAGAACCACAUGGAGUAUUCUUCUCGCCAAAAGCUUGGCGGCCAAUGUACCUGGGGUAAAAUACCAAUUGAUUUACUUUGCUCAGCUCUGGAUAAUUGCGUAACUUUAAGUUUGGGGCGUACUGUGGAAUUGACUCCACAAAUAAGUAUGAGCCCAGGCUUCAUAGAGCCAACAUUUCUCGUGGAUGGCAGUUGCUUGACAUUUUGCUCUCAAAAGGCAUAUGCUACAGGUUCAUAUGAGCUACGAGCAAGCAUAGAUGCACAAGAGGCUGGUGCAAAAGACAUGCAUUUAUCUCCUUAUAGUUGUUACUCAUAUGAUGAUAUCCCACUUUCGUCAUUACCACAUAUCAUAAGGUUAAGAACAGGGAAUGUACUCUUUAACUACAAGCACUGCAAAAAGUUCCUAAAAAGUGAAGUUACGGAAGAUUUUUCUUGCUCAUUUUGCUUGGUACAGUGUGGAAGCUUCAAGGGUCUCGAAUAUCAUUUAACCUCAUCACACGAGCUGUUCCACUUUGAAUUCUGGGUAUCUGAAGACUACCAAGCUGUUAAUGUAAGUCUGAAGAUUGAUACCAGGCGAGCGCAGCUUCUAACUACUGCAGGAGAUGACCGAAGCAAGAGAGUAUUUUUCUACCGAUCAAGGUUUAAGAAGAGGUGUAGAAGAUUAGGAACAACAAUCGAGAAGACCAAGCAUGUACAUCCCCAUAUCAUGGAACCAGGAUCACCUCGAAAGACUGUUCCUGUGGACAAAGGGAUUUCUGUGGUGCAAACAUCAAUUGAUUCUCAUCCAGCAUUGCAUUGUAACAAUCACUUAACACCAGCAGUUCCACUGUUUGGGAAGACAACGAAGCUAUCCAUUGAUCGAGCUGACCCCAGAAAUCGUCUACUGCUGGAACACCAGUUCUUCCAUUCUCAGAAGGCACAGAAAAUGGAACUAGAAGAUGUUUUGGCAGAUCAUGACAGUGAAGAUGAAAUUGAUAAUGACAUCACUGACUUUGAAGAUAUGACGAGGCUUGAUGGUUUCUCUAAUGUUACAAAAGACGAGAAGCAUAUUAUGCAUAUGUGGAAUUCAUUUGUUCGAAGACAAAGGGUACUAGCCGAUGGUCAUAUACGUUGGGCUUGUGACGCAUUCUCCCGGCAGCAUGGACAAGAGCUCGUGCAAAAUCCUGCUCUACGAUGGUGUUGGCGACUCGUUAUGAUCAAGCUCUGGAAGCACGGUCUGCUAGACGCUCGCACCAUGAACGCCUGCAACAAGUUUCUCGACGACUUGGAAAGCGAAAGCUCCUGCCCCAAGCAAACGUGAUUCGGAGAAAACAUCAGCCAACAUGAGCAGGGCUAGGCCCCAUGGAUGGUCAUGCUUGUGGUGGUGCGACUUGGCAUUUUUUGGUUGACGGUCACAGAAUUACAGUUCAGCGACAGUGAUUUGAGAUAAGUUGGGUUGGCAGAGUUGAGGAGUUAUGCGCUUUUGACUGAUGUUUUGUUUUCUGUUUCACUUUUUUUUUUGUCGCGCUCUCUAUUACUAGCUUGUUUCAUGCAUUGGCUGAAACAGUUAUGAACAGUGCAACCUGGCCGCGUGUGCAGAAACAAAGAGAUUGGAUCUGUUGUAGACUGGUAGUAUAGAAGGAUCAAACAAUAUAGAAGGCUGUGCACAUAUGUGAUAGUUCUCCGAAUCAAAGGGCAAUUAAUAAAUUUAUAAUGAGUUGGGGUGA